CGGCUCCGCACACCCAAGAUGGCGGCGGUGGAGCUGGAGUGGGUGCCCGAGACGCUCUAUAACACGGCGAUCUCGGCCGUGGUGGAUAGUUACGGGCGGGCCCGGCGCCGGGAUAUCCGUUCGCUGCCCGAGAACAUCCAGUUCGACGUGUACUACAAGCUUUAUCAGCAGGGCCGCUUAUGUCAGCUGGGUAGUGAAUUUUGUGAACUAGAAGUUUUUGCAAAGGUGCUACGAGCUUUAGAUAAAAGGCAUCUGCUUCAUCACUGCUUCCAGGCUUUGAUGGACCAUGGCGUAAAAGUUGCUUCUGUACUGGCCUAUUCUUUCAGUAGACGGUGUUCCUACAUUGCAGAAUCGGAUUCUGCUGUAAAAGAAAAAGCAAUCCAGAUUGGUUUUGUUUUAGGGGGGUUCCUAUCAGAUGCAGGCUGGUACAGUGAUGCUGAGAAGGUAUUUCUCUCCUGCCUUCAGUUAUGCACCCUUCAUGAUGAGAUCCUUCACUGGUUUCGUGCCGUAGAAUGCUGUGUAAGGUUGCUGCACGUUCGAAAUGGUAACUGUAAAUAUCACUUGGGAGAGGAAACGUUCAAACUGGCUCAGUCUUACAUGGACAAACUUGCAAAACACGGUCAGCAGGCAAACAAAGCGGCGCUCUACGGGGAGCUGUGCGCGCUGCUCUUUGCCAAGAGCCACUACGAUGAGGCUUAUAAAUGGUGCAUAGAAGCCAUGAAGGAGAUCACAGUUGGCCUGCCUGUAAAAGUAGUAGUGGAUGUUUUACGGCAAGCUUCAAAGGCUUGUGUUGUAAAACGUGAAUUUAAGAAGGCUGAACAGCUGAUAAAACAUGCAGUAUACCUUGCCAGGGAGCAUUUUGGAGCCAAGCACCCCAAAUACUCUGAUACGCUACUAGACUAUGGAUUUUACCUGCUCAAUGUAGACAAUAUAUGCCAGUCAGUUGCCAUCUAUCAGACAGCUCUUGAUAUCCGGCAGUCAGUAUUUGGAGGUAAAAACAUCCAUGUAGCUACAGCUCAUGAAGACUUGGCUUACUCUUCAUAUGUUCACCAGUACAGCUCUGGAAAGUUUGACAAUGCGCUAUUCCAUGCUGAACGUGCUAUUGGCAUUAUAACUCACAUUCUCCCAGAAGAUCAUCUUCUCUUGGCAUCCUCAAAGCGAGUUAAAGCACUUAUCUUGGAGGAGAUUGCAAUAGACUGUCACAACAAGGAAACUGAGCAGAGGUUACUUCAGGAAGCUCAUGACUUGCAUCUGUCCUCACUCCAGUUAGCUAAAAAAGCCUUUGGGGAGUUUAAUGUACAAACAGCAAAACACUAUGGCAACCUUGGAAGACUGUAUCAGUCCAUGAGAAAGUUUAAGGAAGCAGAAGAAAUGCACAUCAAGGCAAUUCAGAUUAAGGAGCAGCUUCUAGGUCAAGAAGAUUAUGAAGUUGCCCUGUCAGUGGGCCAUCUAGCUUCUCUCUACAACUAUGAUAUGAACCAGUAUGAAAAUGCUGAAAAGCUCUAUUUGAGGUCCAUAGCAAUUGGAAAGAAGCUUUUUGGGGAAGGAUACAGUGGACUUGAAUAUGAUUACAGAGGUCUCAUUAAACUGUACAAUUCCAUUGGCAAUUACGAGAAAGUUUUUGAAUACCACAAUAUUUUGGCCAAUUGGAACCGGUUGCGGGAUCGGCAGUUCUCGGUUACAGAUGCUCUGGAGGACGUAAGCACCAGCCCUCAAUCCACUGAAGAAGUGGUCCAGUCUUUUCUGAUGUCUCAGAACGUUGAUGGACAGAGUAGUUAAGAACUUGGUCAAUAAACCAGUUAAGGUUUUUUCCUCCCAGAUUACAGGGGGAAAAGUCAUACUGUGAAAUCUAAACCAUGUAGUUCUCUGGGGGCUGGAAUUUGCAUUGAAACACUGGUCCAGUCUACUGAAGAGUGCCCAUACGGAUGAAUGUGUGUUAAAUUCUUAUCAGCAUGUGUAUGGCAUGUUUAGUUCGGCUCACAUUUUGAACUUGGUAUUCCAGAAAACCCCUUCUUUCUCUCUUCUUUCAAAAGAAGCUACUUUGCAGGAAGUCUGCAAGAAAACCUUAAAUAAAACUGUUUGAGCUCAAAAGAGUUGCAUUCUUAUUAUGAAUGGAAGGUUUCAUCAAGAGCUUUCUGCUGAUAUAUAGAAAGAAUAAAUGCUGUACGAUAAGAAGUUACAGGAGAAGGGUCUUUCUACUGUACACAUAGCAAAGUUAAUCGUAAAUAUCAAGAGAAGGGAGGAUGCCCUAGCCUUGGGUCUGCCUUACGAAGACAAGUGGCAAAGAACCACUCUGGAGAGCAGCAUACUCUUUGUGAACCGUGCCAGGGGGUUAAGCCAGUCACCACCGUGUGUUUGUUUUGAACACCCUGAACUGGACCAGUGUUCAUGGAUCAGUGAGAGAGGAUCCAGUAGACCAGCAGUCAUAGUUUUCUUUGGUACCAACCAAGAGUGCUCAUCUUCUGAACAGGACCAGGAAAAACGAAAGUGGACCAGCCUGCUAGAAACAGUUUUUGGACCAGUGGCUUUAAUUUAAUAUUUCUGCCCCUGCAUUCACUUUUACAGUAGGAUUAUUUCAUUUAGAUGUAUGAUCAGUGGAAAAUUAUAUUCAUGUAAUAGAUACAAAACUAGGAAGUGAACGUUCUUUAGCGGUUGCGAUGGCAUGUCUUUACCUAGUGAGCUUAUACAGAUAUUAAUGUCGAUGCCACAAGCAAAAACUAGAAAUGCUUUAACUAUUUCCUGCAGCCAUCUCUUUUUUUUCUCUCUCCUUUUUGAAUGGGCUUACUCUAAUAAUUGAGGCAGUAACUUGUUUAUACCAGUUAAUAGUUUUGUAUUCCAAUCCAGUUCAACCUGUGUUUCUGGAGAACACAACUCCUUGUACAGUUCGCAGGGGUCAGUGGAAAAUGCCAAAAAGCACAAACAGGUCUUUUAUUUUUAUUUUUCUUUUUUCUUGUGAUGCUUCAUUUCUACAUUAAACAAUAGUACAACCAGAAACUGAUUCCUUUAUAUUAAUUUAAAAAGCAGAACUCAGCUGUAAAGAUCCUCUUAUAACGCCUAUCUCACUAGCUUGUCUUAAUUUUUCUGCUGUUGGGGGGCUGCUUGGUUGUGUGGCUUUUUGGUUUGGGUGUUGGUUUUGGUUUUCUUUGUUAUUUUGAAUGUUGAGGUAAUACUCAUUCCAUUGAAGGUCUGUGUAACGUAGCAAACUAGGAACAACUCACUGCUGUUACCUCAGUUCCUCUUAGAGCAGCACAAACUGUGCUCGUGUAGUUCAGAUUCUGUCGGUUCUGGGUUUUCUCCUUCCCCACAGCCCUAUUUUCAGGGGUUUGUGUCUGGGCUGUCAGAGGCCGGUCUGAGCACGCUUCUUCCGGGGCUUGGUCUGAGCAUCAUCUUUGGGGCCUGGCUUUUAAUUCCUUUGUGAAGUCUGGGACGAGGGAAUCUGUGUGGUAUUCUUCAAGCCAGAGUGCAGAGCAGAAAUAGGAAUCUCACCCACGGCGUAGAGCUUAGUUGCUCUUAAGAACUGAACUUGAACAGGCCGAUAGUUCAUAUCCUGGUGCCUUCAAGUGUAUUUUUGGGGGAAAGGCUGAAUAAUACCAUCUUUAAAAUGCAGUGAUGUGAUUAGUGAAUGCAGAGCUAAGGAUUCUAUGCUUGGAGUAUCUUCACUGAUGUGAAAAGAAGUAUUUGCAUUAAAAAGACAUCCCCAUGGUAUUAAGACUGCAGUAUAACCUCAGUGGCUCUUCAUUGAAAAUCCAACUUAGUUAUGUGUGGAUUUAAAAUCUAAUUUAUUUAUAGGAAAUUUUGUUUAUGACUGUGUUAGGUGCUACAAACAAAUGCAGCGAUCUGCAAGGCAAAACGUUUUUACCCCUGAAUGCUCAUGCAGAAAGGCACUGAUGAAUUAUAAAGUUCUUAUAAAUUCCUAAGUCCUAUUAAAACUACUCAGAUUAAGUGUGUGUGACUAGUGUCAGAACUUAGGCAGGGAGGGUGUGCCUAAAAUUGUUCUCAAGAAGGUGUGUUGUAUCUCCUGUACUGCAGAAGUGUUCAGAAGCUUCAGGCUGGGUACAUUGAUUUGUGCUUCCGUUAUCUGGAGACUCUCUGCUCGGGGUUUGCAGUCCUGGCUCUCCAUUUCCAGCUAUUGACUGAGGGAUCUCAAGGUUUUGUGUUUGGGGCGAGGGGUGUUACUUGGCUGACACCAGUGACAGUGGUCUACAUGAACCACUGCUGUUGUUUCACCUCUGGUUUGUGUUUGUCUUACACUGUUUGCCUUCAAGUUAAGGCAACCAGGAGAGUGUCCAGCAUGGGGCAGGACACGGAGGUGGCAUGCUUGUCUCUGAUAACCAAAUGCCUUAGUUCAGUUGGUUUAACUGUAGCUUUGUUCUCCAGUCUUGCUGGGUGGGUGUACUUAUCUUUCUUUCCCAAAGCUACUUCACCAGCACACUAAUACUUUGAUGCAUUGGCUUCUCUGGAAGGAAUUAAGGUCCUAAAAGUCACCCAAGAUCUCUUUGGUAGCAGACUUUGACUAAGAGAUGUGACUUGGUCAAGAGUAUUUGUCAGUGAUCCUUGUAAGACCCAUUGCAUGCUCUUCAUGUGACUGGAUUAAAUCCUGACUGGACUCUUGAGUUGAUCUUCUCAUUGUAGCAUCUCCACAGCUCCAGUUACACCGAGGCACGUACAGUAUAGAGAAAGGUGGCAGUGGCCAAUGGCUAAAGCUGUUAAAGUGCAGGAGGUUUGUGGAACAACUUUGCAGUUGCCUGCAAAAUGCUCUGUUGCUGCUCUGCAUGCGCAGCUUGGAACCUUCCCCUCAUGCUGUCCUUGCUACAGGCAUGAUACUUGGUUCUCCAUGUAAUAACAUAAAUCCAGCCUUUAGUUCUUGGUUCUGUACCUCCUAAAUUGAGCUCUCGGAACACAUCUGUAUUGGCAUCCGGUGACUGAAAUGUGGUGCUGUUAGUAAUUACUGUCUCUGCUGUUACAGUUUGAUACUUUUGAGAAAGUAGGAGUCCAGCUGGAUAACUGCAGAGGAAGGUAAAUGCUCGUCCCUCCGUGCCAGUGCGGAUGGAGUAGAUCUGGUGGCGUUACUGCAGUAUUCCAUGACUUGGGCAUCAGGCAGAGCUACGGGAGCAGAGGGUGUAAUCCCAUGGUUUUCCCUUGGAAGCAGAGCUGGGGCGUUCCCCUCCUGCCAUGCCCCUAGAGCAGGUUUUCCAUGUACAUCCGAGUGUGAGUAUUGGGGAGGGAGCUGUGCGACAGCCCUGCAGAGCUCGCGCCCCUGCGACCCCAAACACUGGAGGAAGUUAAUGAAUUAUUGGCAUUUUGUAGAGGCUGGUUGGGGCUGCAGUGACAGGGGAGACCCGAGAGUGGAAAUCCAGUGAGGUGCAUCUUCCCGGGUUUUCUUGAAGGUAAGUAAUGUAAUCACACCAGAGUAAUGGGAUGCAAGUGGUGAGGACAGGAGUCACCUUAAAGUAAAUUAUUGUAACUGUGUUUAAAUUAAACCCUUAGUAUUUUAUUUUCAGUAUAACAUCAUCUGAGUAAAUGAUCUGUAUGCUUUUUUUAGGCAAACGCUGCAGGUGGAGGGAGGUGGUAUCAGGAUUUCUCCACUGUUCUUAGGGCUGGGGCUGUUGUGUGUGAUUUGGGGAAGGGAAAAAGUAUAUAAAGGCUUUAAGAGCUGACAAAAGUUGCAGGAAGAUUUGAAAAUAAAUGUAUCCCUCAGCUACUUGAAGUAAAACAACUGUGACUGUUGGUCCCAAACAGUCGUUUAGUCACUUUGAUGGCACAGUAUUAAUUAUAGAGUCAUAGAAUGGUUUGGGUUGGAAGGGACCUUCAGGUCAUCUAGUUUCAAACCCCUGCCAUGGGCAGGGACGCCUCACACUAGACCAUGUUGCCCAAGGCUCCGUCCAACCUGGCCUUGAACACUGCCAGGGAUGGAGCAUUCACCACUUCCUUGGGCAACCUGUUCCAGCACCUCACCACCUCACAGUAGAGAGCUUCUUCCUUGUAUCUAACCUGAACUUCCCUUGUUUAAGUGUAAACCCAUUGUCCCUUGUCCUGUCACUACAGUCCCCGCUGGAAGAGUCCCGCUCCAGCAUCCAAAUGACAACCUGCAAAGUGUCUGCCGUGGUGUCCCUGCCCGCGCAGGCGCUCUGCAGCGGUACCUGCUGGUUGGGACUCUUCUUUUUGCACACAGUUCUUGUUAAAUAAUGUUGAAGGGGUUUUGUUGUUGAAUUCUAACUUAUAGAACAAUGAUGUUCUUUUAUAAGUUUAAAAAAUGAAGUUUUUUUUCUCUCAAUGUGCUGCAGUCUGAAGUUCGCUACAGGUGCCGUUGCGCUUCUUCCUAUGGUACAACAAAUACACAUUUAACUUGAUUUCCUUUUUGUAGUCCUACGUAUGGGUAGAAUACAAACAAGAGAAAGCAUCGUGUCUAAAACAUGAUUGAAGCUGUUGACAAAAACUUUACUUGAUUUGUAUGGCGGGGUUUGAGGCCGCAGGCCAGCAGCGGGUAGCACAGUGGAGAUGUUGCCAUUACCAGUCUUUAAGUGGAGAUCCUUCCCUCUGCUGCCUGUGCAGAAAACAGUUAUUUUCUCUAAAGGUUGUUGCUUCCCCCUUCUUUUUUCCUUUCUGUUCUAUAAUACAGCAAUGACUGGCCAAAUGCUAGUUGCAGAUCUGACUCUUCGGUGCGGGUGUCUCCUCAUUCAACACAACUGGCCUGUGGCACGUUGUGUGUCGUGGCCCUACGAGGAUUUCUCUUGAGUAGCAGGGAGGAAACUUCCUUGACCUGGAAACAAACUUAAACUACGUGUGAAAAAUUGGCAGCACUGGUAACGCUUUUGUCCCUAAAUCUCAGGAAUGUUUUAGGCAGUGAAACCGGUUUCCCUUCAGUGAUGUAAAGGCGCGUGCUCUAGGGUCUUGUCUACCAAUCUGUCGUUGCAAUCCUCGGUAUCUAUAGCAUGAGUGGCCUUAGUGAGUUUGUUGAAGUGCACAUUUUUUUUUCUUUCUUCAGAAGUAAAAUUUAAAGAUGAAAAAGAUAUAUACUAUAUAAAUAUAUAGAGCUAUUUAGAGACUUGGUUUGUGGUGCACAAGUUCAGUGUUGGAUCGCUAAAUAAUUGUCACAGGUACCAUAUGUGUAACUUCUUUUCUUUUAUGUAUAUUCCUUUAUGGGAAGCGAUGUUGCCAUGGUAACUACAACUUUACAAUUUCUUUAUUACUUAAUGAUGUGAAUGAACUCUACAUUUUAUUGAAUAUUACCAGGUUCAGUACUAUUUUUAUACUUUAUUGAACUACAGGGGAUUUUAAUUUAAUAGCAUUUUAAAAAAGAUGUUGCUUGAACUGUAUAACUGUAUAAAUCAAACUACUUAUACAAACCCCUCCUCUAAACCAGAAUCUCCGCCUGUAGUGCCACAUUCAUUGAUAUGAAAGUAUCUCGAUCAUUACUAGACCUUGGAGACCACCCUACUUGUCGUGUCAAGACUUAACGUUUCGUAUCCUACUUCUCACGGACUGCAGUGCCCGACAUUCUUUGUAACCAUCAAACCAUACUAUGUUUGUAACCAGCAUUGUGAUAUUCUGUAACUGUACUGCUAAAAUGAAAUAUUGACCUAAUAAAUAUAGUGUUCCCGCA